AUGGCCACUGGCGUCAUCCUCAGUUGCGUUUGCAUACCAUCAGCGUUGUCAACAGCUGCUCGACAUGGACAACUCGCCGACAACUACGACGAGGAUCUGAAGCAGCUGCUUAGCAGCCUCAGGUCCAAGUUGGACGAGAUCAAGGGGCUCCAAGGUGAGCCUCGCAAGGCGUCUCUCAAAAGUGUCACCGAUGAUCUGGACGAGUCUGAGGAGAUUGUUAGUUAUAGUGCAGGGUUGCCCGCAUACUCACCAUUGCAGAUUGCUCAGAUGGAGGUCGAGAUCCCGUCCAUGCCAGUCUCCAUUCGUUCGACUUUCCAAACUCGUCUGGCUCAAAGCAAGUCUGAGGUUGAGAAGGUCAAGAAGAGUGUCCGUGAUGCCCGUGCGGAGUCGAACCGAGCGGAGCUCUUGUCUGGUAGUGGAUACCGCGGCGAUGACCCAUAUCAAGAUGACGAUACGGCCUUCUCGACGCGUACCCGCUUGCUUGCUGGAACCGAGUCGCUCACGGACUCAUCGAGGCGUCUGGAGAAUGCGCAGCGCGUUGCUCUUGAAACGGAGGAUGUGGGCACCGGAAUCCUCCACACGCUGCGCGGCCAGCGGGAACAGCUCGAGAACUCCCGCAAUCACCUCCUGCAGGCGGACAGCUCCAUCGACCGAGCUUCAGGUACUCUGAAGAAGAUGAUUCGCAAGAUGUACCAGCAGAAGAUCGUUACUGGAGCAAUCAUCGGCAUUCUCGUGCUUCUCAUCAUUCUUAUCCUCUGGUCUAAGCUUAGUUCCGCUGCGCGUCGCGAUUUCAACAUCGAUGAAGUCAGAACACCUCCACACAACUUUGGUUCGACGUCGACCUUACUACUGAUCCAUCCCUCGCCAGUCAUGUCUGCUGAGGUCGCUUCCGGAACGCCAUCGGAGGAGAAAAAUCUUCCUCCUCUUUCCGAGCUUGUCCGAAGAAGUACCAAGCGAACCCGGGCAGUUUACAACAAUGACUUGGUAACACCUGAAGACGGCCUCGACCGAGCCAACAAGAUCAAGCUCGCGACUCGCCUUGCCGGUGAAUACAAGGACGUCCAAGUGCUCCCGCCGAUUCUCCAGACCCAGGCCCCUGCCGGACCGAAGCGACCGGAGGCGGCUGGACCAGCUGCCGGCCCCGUUGGGCCAUCUGCUGGACCAAAGCUGAUUACCGGUGGAUCGGCUGCUGCUGGAGCUGGCACGGAGGCGGGACCUUCUGCAGGCCCGGUCGCUCCGAAGUCUCUCGUCAAGUUUCGCCAUCAGCAGGGGUUCGGCGCCGAGGGCGGCCAGGCUUCCAGCCGCCUGUCGCAGGCUCUCAUGCGGAAGAAGGAGGCUCGCGAGCUUUCGCGUGUCAUCUCGGGUCAUAUGGGAUGGGUGCGCGCUGUCGCCGUCGAUCCCGGAAACCAGUGGUUCGCCACUGGUGCUGGCGACCGUGUUAUCAAAAUUUGGGACCUUGCGAGCGGAGAGCUCAAGCUUUCGCUCACCGGUCACAUCUCCACCGUUCGUGCUCUGGCUGUCUCGGAUCGCCACCCGUAUCUAUUCUCCGCAGGUGAAGACAAGAUGGUCAAGUGUUGGGAUCUCGAGACGAACAAGGUCAUCAGGCAAUACCACGGCCACCACUCUGGCGUCUAUACGCUGGAUGUUCACCCCACUCUGGAUGUCCUGGCGACGGGAGGUCGUGAUGCGAGUGUGAGGAUCUGGGACAUGCGGUCGCGCGCCAACAUCUUCACUCUGUCCGGACACACGAGCACCGUUGCCUCUGUGAAAUGCCAGGCAGCGGAGCCUCAGAUCAUUUCGGGAAGCAUGGACAGCACUAUCAGGCUUUGGGAUCUUGCGGCGGGUAAGAGUAUGACAACUCUCACGCACCACAAGAAGGCGAAGUGGAAGUGCCCGGAGGGCACAUUCGUCACCAACUUCGUUGGGCACGAGAGCAUUGUCAACACGUUGUCCGUCAACGAGGAAGGCGUCUUGUUCUCGGGAGCUGAUGACGGCACGCUCACUAUGUGGGACUACGCCACUGGACUGCCCUUCCAGCACCUCAAGGACAUCCCGCAGCCCGGAUCGCUGGAUGCUGAAGCUGGCGUUUUCUGCUCCGCGUUCGACCAGACGGGUACCCGCCUCAUCACUGGCGGUGCGGAUAAGACGAUCAAGAUCUACUCCGAACUCGCGUAA